CGCGGCGGCAACUUUUCACCUCUUCAAAAGCUGAGUAGCUUCCUCCUCUUCGCUGCGACCUUUCGGGGACCUUUCUAUCUCUUCUUCCUACUCAUGUGCUGAGUGUGUGUUUCUUGCAAGGAAGUGCCGCGGGGACGCGCCCCCAAAGUUGCGCCUUGCUGCCCCCUUCUACCUCUCGCUUUGCUUGAAAAAGAAAGAAAUGAAAGCCCUGUCGGAUGUCCUUCCUAAGGUAGCUUGCAGUGCAGUCUUGAGCCUGUGCUAGGCUGCCAUGCAGUUGUCCUAGUCACGGUCGACUCAGCGCAUGACGCAAAAUGGCAGGGGCCGAGUGACAUCACCGAAGUGAAGGUCGCUGCCUACGUCAGCAUACCUUUAACGAGAAAUGCGGCUCCCCUUCGCCCCCCUGCCCGAUUGAGUAUUUCUUGCUGUUUCGAGUUGACUCGAUACUUUGCGAUACCCCCCAAGUGCAUUGGUGGCUCAUUUGAGGGGAAUUUGGAAGCCUGGGCGUAGGGAAGCUCUGCCGCUGCGGUGGUCACCCGUCUUCUUCAAGCAGGGUGGUUUGACUGCUGCAGCUAUGGAGCCGCAUUCUGUUCCACAGUCUGAUGCUCACGCGCCACUUGCGCAUGCAAACGCCGUGGACUUGGAUGGCGAACGGCCCGAGCCCCUGACCAACAAACCUCGGGAGACUGCUGCAGGGGAGCUGCACGAGUCAGCCGCGCACUCUGCUCAUACACCCUCAUUAAACCCUGUUCCAAACCCAAACCCCGCGCUGGGAAACCACGCCGGCAGCUGGGGCGCUGCACCGGCGACUGGGAUCCCCUCCCAUUUCCCUUCCCAGGCCCCAUUUCACGGCCCUCCGUUGACCAAAGGAGAUGACGCGCUCGCGUUUGACUUGGAGGCGGGCCGGCGACCGGGGUUGAACGACGGGUAUAGCGGAGGGUUUAAUAACGGGCUCAACGGAGGGUUUCAGGAAGGGGUUAAGCGGUCAACCAGGCACGAGCGGUGGCUUGAGCGGCAGGCGCAGAAACAGGGCCCCUGGGGAGAGGGCUUCCAGGGCAUCCAUGUUCUGUUGUGGCUGAUUCCAGUCAGUGGAGGCCUGGGCUACGCGUUUGUACUCCCAUGGAUCCACCCCUGGGCCCUGCGUCUGACGCUGUACAUAACGGUGGGGGUGUGCCUGUGCCUGGCGCUGGUCUGUCUCUACCUCGUCAACCAGCUAGACCCCGGGGUCGUCACACCGCAGCCCAUGAAAGAUCCCGAAGUUGUUGCGGCAGAGUCGGGUCAGCCCUCGCGCCUGUGCAUGGACGGGCGCGCGCAAUGGGUGCGGCCACCCCCUUGUUACACGGGCCCGAUGGGGGUGGGGACGCAGAUCCGCGGCUGGGAGCGGUACUGCAGCACGUGCAACAUCUGGCGGGGGCCGCGCGUUACGCACUGCAGCGUCUGCGGAUACUGCAUGCUGCGCUUCGACCACCACUGCGCGGUGGUGGGCACGUGCAUCGCCCAGAACAACCACCGCUUCUUCGUCGUCUUCCUCAUGAGCAGCGGCGUCGGCGCCGCCCUGCUGUUUGCAGCGAGCAUCAUUCUUCUGGUGCAGCGGCAUUGGGAGGGGAGCCAUGCCUGGAGCGACUGGCACACUUACCUGGGGCUGCUCAUGACCUUCUACUACUUUUACCUCGCCUUCCUGCUGCUCUUUGGCUGCUGCCACCUGUGCCUCCUGCUAUGCGACCUGACGUCGAAGCAGAUGGCGCAACGUCGGAUUAACGAGGCCUUUGGCGGGUUUUGCUCCUGUCUCCGCAAUUUGGUGCGCGUGUGCUGCGCGCCCAUCCGUCACAAGCGUGACGUCAUUCCCCCGUACAACAUCGGCCAGCCGCCCCCCGCCCGAAUCAACCGAGCCGGUCACCAAGCGCCGGCGGGCCGGGACUUAGAGCCGGGAAAGAGCCCCGAGGGAUCCCCCGGGGAGACCGGGUGGAAAGACAUUGAGCAGGGGGUGUUGAGAAACGGGGGAGCAGUGGGGGAAAGAAACAGAGAGACGGCGGGUUUGGAUGGAUCGGACGAUCACGUGGUUAGCGAGGGCGUAGCGGUGGGAGUAGACCCGGGAAUGCGGGCGCGAGCUGAGGGGGAUUUUCAGGAGGAAGAGAACCGGCGGGUUGGGGAGGUGGCGCACUUGGGACCGCUGUUCCCGGGCAUGUGACGUGGCAGGCGUCACAAGGGUUGAGAUCUGUUCGAUCCGGCUUGUUUCUAAUGACAAGAUUCUGUUGCGCGCGCUUGCCAAUUCUUCUGGUAAAUACUUGGUUUGAAACUGCUACAGCCGAGCUCGAGCCCGGAAAGGGCUUUUGUACAAUUGAAGCUAGCCGGAAAGGGCUUUUGUACAAUUGAAGCUAGCUAAGUGUAACUGAGGCUUGUAAAGAGUACGCCGUAGGAACGUGUUUGUUUAAACAUGGAUGCGGCUCGCUUGUAUCUAACAUAUAAGGCGCCAGCGAGGCGCUUCGUCGCGUUUAGAAACAGGUUAUAUAUCCACGUG